AUGAGGCCAUGUCUGACCAGCACUGCCAGGAAGAGUGCUGCNAGCCCGCUCAAGCCGCGCCGCCAGCCCACCGUGGCCCCCGGCGUCACAGGCCUGCGCAACCUGGGCAACACCUGCUACAUGAACUCCAUCCUGCAGGUGCUCAGCCACCUCCAGAAGUUCCGGGAGUGCUUCCUGAACCUCGACCCCUCCACCACUGAGCACCUCUUUCCCCAGGCCGCCAACGGCAAGGCUCCGCUCCCUGGCAGGCCGGCCAGCUCUGCCACCCAGCUGUCGGCCAAGAGCGACCGGGUGGAGGGCCUCUGCUGGAACGGUGGCGCGUCCAUCAGCCGGAGCCUGGAGCUCAUCCAGAACAAGGAGCCCAGCUCCAAGCACAUUUCCCUCUGCCACGAACUGCACACCCUCUUUCGAGUCAUGUGGUCCGGGAAGUGGGCCCUGGUGUCGCCCUUCGCGAUGCUCCACUCGGUGUGGAGCCUCAUCCCCGCCUUCCGCGGCUACGACCAGCAGGAUGCACAGGAAUUUCUCUGCGAGUUGCUUCACAAAGUACAGCAGGAACUCGAGUCCGAGGGCUCUACGCGCCGGAUCCUCAUCCCCUUCUCCCAGAGGAAGCUCACCAAACAGGUCUUAAAGGUGGUCAACACCAUAUUUCAUGGGCAGCUGCUCAGUCAGGUCACAUGUGUAUCAUGCAAUUACAAAUCCAAUACCAUUGAGCCCUUUUGGGAUCUGUCCCUGGAAUUCCCUGAACGCUAUCACUGCAUAGAAAAAGGGUUUGUCCCUUUGAAUCAGACAGAGUGCCUGCUCACUGAGAUGCUGGCCAAGUUCACAGAGACAGAGGCGCUAGAAGGGAGAAUCUACGCUUGUGACCAGUGUAACAGCAAACGACGAAAGUCCAAUCCAAAACCCCUUGUUCUGAGUGAAGCUAGAAAGCAGUUAAUGAUCUACAGACUACCUCAGGUCCUCCGGCUGCACCUUAAGAGAUUCAGGUGGUCUGGCCGUAAUCAUCGAGAGAAGAUUGGGGUCCAUGUCGCCUUUGACCAGGUAUUAACCAUGGAACCUUACUGCUGCAGGGACAUGCUCUCCUCUCUUGACAAAGAGACCUUUGCCUAUGAUCUCUCCGCAGUGGUCAUGCAUCACGGGAAAGGGUUUGGCUCAGGACACUACACAGCCUAUUGCUACAACACAGAGGGAGGUUUUUGGGUUCACUGCAAUGACUCAAAGCUGAAUGUAUGCAGUGUGGAGGAAGUGUGCAAAACCCAGGCCUACAUUCUUUUUUACACUCAAAGAACAGUGCAGGGAAAUGCAAGACUCUCAGAACCCCAACUCCGAGCUCAGGUGCAGUCCAGCAACAAGGAUGAAGGCAGACCACAGACAUUCCCCUGA